CAUGUGCUGUUUCCUUUUCCAGUUGUAAAGGGGUCAGGAGCCAGGCAAGGAGAGCCCGAACAAGAGGAGCAUUUUCCUGGGCUCUUCCAGCUGUUCUGUUCAACCCCGCUGUCUGUUCUGAGCAGGGAAGAGAGACUGUCAACACAAAUAAGGCAUUUUUCAAAGGCGUAAAUUAUGAGUUACCAAAACAAUGCGACAUCUCAACCACAAGUAGAUUAGAUCUCUCCUGUAGGAUGAUUCCCACACGUUCAUGACAAAUGUGCCACAUGAGGAUCCCUUUGCAGAUGAAGACAUCGAGAGCCCGACAGCUGGAACAGAUGUGGCUGUUAUUGGAGGUGUGAUUGCUGCGGUGGUAUUUGUCCUCGUUUGCCUGCUGGUGGUGAUGGUUCGGUACAUGUACAGGCAUAAGGGCACCUACCACACCAACGAGGCAAAAGGAACCGAGUUUGCCGAAAGUGCAGAUGCUGCUUUGAAAAAUGACCCUGCUCUCCAGGAAGCUGUGGAUGAGAGCAAAAAGGAGUAUUUCAUCUGAGAGACAAGGAUUUCCAUGGACACUUCCCCAAGGGAAACAAUCAGAAAUGCUACAUCAUCAGAAGUGCUAAGAGAUGCAUAAUAGAACACAGGCAAGCAUCGAAUUGAAAAGUAUCUCUUUAUUUUUGUUUGUCACUGGGUUGUUUCUUUUCCUCUACUGGUGAAGAACUAAAUGCCAGACACUUGCCUGUUGAUUUUAUUAGCAACACAGCUGGUCACAGUUGAAAUCAAUAUCAGAUAAGAAACAACAUCUCAGUAUGAGUGAUACACCAAAACCAGAUAAAGAUAGCAAAUGUCAAACCUUGACAUUUGUUGAAAAUAGCAGAUGCCAAUGGAAAACAUCCUCUUAGAGUUAAUGAUGCAUCCUAUUCUGAUAUGAUACAGAAGUACCUGAAAUUGAUUUUCAAAUGGUCACAGAACAAACAUUAAACUAGAUAAAGCUGAUGUAGCUGGAACAAAAAUAGCUUUGUAGCCCAGAUUUCACCCCCUUCCCCUUCAGUGUGCAGUUUUAUUGGCACAGGGGAGUUUGUUUUGGCUUUGGGGGGACUUAGAUUGGGAUUUUUUUUUUUUUUAAUUCGUUGGAUUUUACAUAUCAUAGAAUAUGCCAAGUUGGAAAGGACCCAUCAGGAUCAUCGAGUCCAACUCCUGUCCCUGGCACCCCAAGAAUCAUGCCAUGUGCCUGAAUUUAUAAAAGUCAAAAACACUUGGAAGAAAUAAAACUGUUAGAGAACAAGGAA